AUUUGGUUACGCAUUGUUGCAUUACGCUUGAAGUCUCGUAUUGAAGUACUGAAGUAUAUACUUCAUUAAAUAUUUGGCCAUGUGCUUCAUGCGAUGUACUUUAUUGUUAUUAUUGUUAAUAUAGUUUUAAAAAAUUUAAUUUAAUUUUCUUUUUUUACUUGUCAUUUGAAAACCGCAAGCUAUAAAAUGAUCUUACAGACUUUAUUUAUUCGUCAAACAAAUCUAAAAAAAAUCAUYAACUGUCGACUUUUUAGCUAUUAUAUGAAAAGACCAGAUCCAUGUUCAUCACUUUGUAGUAAACAUAACACCUAUAUUCUACAUUCAUCAAAUAGAAGUGUCGCAUCAGACUCCUCAGUCACAUUUCCUUCGUGGUUUAUGGCAUUAUCAAACAGUACACCGGUAGCUUAUGCACAACAAUUUAUAAUAUCAUUUCAUGAAUUUACUGGCACUCCUUGGUGGGCUACAAUAAUGCUAAGUGCAGUAGCUCUGAGAUUAGUCAUUACUCUACCAUUGACAGUGUUCCAACAUUAUAAUAAUUCAAAAUUGGAAAAUCUUUCUAUUGAAUUUCAACCAACAGUAGUAGAGAUACAAAAAGAAGUAGUGAAGGCAGUCAAAUUGAAUAGAUGGCCUGAAAAUAAAGCUAAACGUGUUUAUAACAAAGCUGUAAAAAAGUAUUGGAAUGAAUUGAUAGUAAAUGAAAACUGUCAUCCUGCAAAGUCAUCAAUAGUUGUAUGGGUGCAAUUACCAUUAUGGAUUUGUAUGUCGGUAGCAACUCGUAAUCUCACAUUAAUGUUGCCUCCAAGUGAAGAUGCUGUUAUUAGGUUUUACGAACUAACUGAAGGUGGAAUUUUGUGGUUUACAAACUUAACUGCCAUAGACUCAACUAUGUGUUUACCUAUAAUUAUGUGUCUAUCAAAUCUUUUAAUUAUUGAGGUUCAAACUCAAUCACGAAACAAAGAACCAACCCGUAAUCAAAAAAUCAUAGCAAACGUCUUCCGAGGUCUUACUAUUAUCAUGAUGCCACUUUCAUGUUUUCUGCCAUCAGGUGUGAGCUUAUAUUGGACUGCAUCAAGUAUUUAUGGUCUAUCUCAAAACUUAUUCUUAUUGUCUCCACAUGUACGUAAAUGUUUUGGUAUACCAAAAACACCUUACAAUAAUGAAUAUCCAUACAAAUAUAUAUUGGAUAAGACUAAAUCUAAGUUAAGAAUUUCUUGAUUGCUGUUAUUGUAAUUAUUUUCUGGAAAUAAAAUUGUUAUUUAUUAGUAAUUAUUAUUGUUUUAAUGUAAAUAAAUAUUUUCUAUUGUGAAUUGUGGAUCAAGAAAGGGUUAUCUAACCGGAUACUUUAGCAAGGUGAUAUUUUACU